AUGAGGCGCUCAGAGUUCGGCACGUCUCACGCUAAUACCCACUGUGGAGACAGGAUGAAGUUGACCAGUGAAAAGUUGCCCAAGAACCCCUCUUAUACUUCCCUAUCCCACUUCGCUGCUAAGAAUACAAAAAUCUUCCAGUGGAGAAAGGAAAAGACUGAUCAUUACAGCCACGCUAAUUUGGUGGAUAAGGCCUUGCAGCUCUUGAAGGAAAGGAUAAGAAGAGGGGAUACUAUGGCAUAUUUUCUACGAGGUCAACUGUAUUUUGAAGAGGGAUGGUAUGAAGAAGCAUUAGAACAGUUUGAAGAAAUCAAGGAAAAGGAUCAUCAGGCAACUUACCAGCUAGGAGUGAUGUAUUAUGAUGGCCUGGGAACAGUCACAGACUCUGAAAAAGGAGUGGAGUAUAUGAAGAAAAUUGUUGAUUCUCCAUGCCCCAAAGCAAGACACUUAAAAUUUGCAGCAGCUUACAACCUUGGAAGAGCUUAUUAUGAAGGAAAAGGUGUUAAACGAUCGGACAAGGAAGCUGAAAGACUGUGGCUUUUUGCUGCAGACAAUGGAAACCCAAAAGCUAGUGUGAAGGCUCAGAGUAUCCUAGGAUUGUAUUACUCAACAAAGGAGCCCAGAGAGCUGGAGAAGGCAUUUUAUUGGCAUUCAGAAGCUUGUGGCAAUGGAAACCUGGAGUCCCAGGGUGCCCUGGGGCUCAUGUACUUCUAUGGACAAGGUAUUCGCCAGGAUACUGAGGCCGCCCUGCACUGCCUGAGGGAAGCAGCGGAGCGUGGCAACGUCUAUGCUCAAGGGAAUCUUGUGGAAUAUUACUAUAAGAUGAAGUUCUUUACAAAGUGUGUUGCAUUUUCCAAAAGGAUCGCUGACUAUGAUGAGGUUCACGACAUCCCCAUGAUAGCCCAGGUCACGGACUGUCUCCCGGAAUUCAUCAUCAGAGGCAUGGCCCUCGCCUCCUUCUACCACGCGCGCUGUCUGCAGCUCGGCUUGGGGGUCACAAAGGAUGAGGCGACAGCUAAACGCUAUUAUUCUAAAGCUUGUCGUCUGAAUCCUGCACUGGCAGAUGAACUUCACACUUUACUUAUUCAUCAAAGAAUUUAG